ACCAUUGACUACAUUUUGUAACGUAUUCGAAACCUUAGUCUGUACAGUGCUACAUUAUCUGCUCUAGUUUUGAUGUCAAGAUUAUCUUAGCCUGACUCUUGUUUUUUAAUAGUUUACGUUUUUUACCAUCUUUGACGAAUUUGACCUUUUCAACAUUCGUCACCUACGUUGUUCUGGAUGUCUCCCUAUUACGCGAAUCACCUUCUAGUUAGAUGCAAACUGCUACAACGUUGUCAAUUUAUAGUUCAGAAUAUUAAACUGUCUAAAACUCACAUUCACAUUGUUUCUAGUUGUUGUUGGUUGCUGUGGUUGCUAAUCGUAAAUUCGCUCUCUGUGCUUACUGAGUUGUCGGCUCACCUUUUCUCUUGUCCUUUUCCAUCUCAUAUUUUUCCACCUUAAACGUGCCGAUUUUAUUCAAAACAUGGGUUGUGUGACGUUGUGUCUCAUAGUUAAAAUCAUGUCUCUAACAAGAACUGCUAGAGUAAUAUGUAUUUGAAAAAAUCCUGAACUGUUCGUAUCAUCAUUCAGGAUGACUAAUAACGAAUAGGUUGAAGUAAAAGUUAGGCAGUAUCAUUAUUCAAUCUAUUUUCAAACAAUUAAACAGGCUAAAGUGCAUACCAACAAUAAUUGGAAUCAAAGUGGAGUGAAUAUGAAUGUGUAUAAAACAUGACUGAAGUGAUUGUUUAGUUAUCACUAGAUAUAAAGCUUUAUGACGUUGUGUUGAAACUAGAACUACAGUAGUACUAGGAUGUCCAGCAGUUUUAUUGGAGUAGAAAUUACACUGGAACUAGAGUUAUGAGAACUAAGAAUUCCAUUUCACGGACUAAAACUGAACUGAAGUGUGGUGUUAUGUACUGAAAUGCUUUUAAAAUAUGCGAUACUUAAAUUAUUGGACAAAUAGGCGGACGGACAGGUAGACAGAUAUUAGAAGGAUAUCAAUUUCGGGUCAAUCACAAAAUUGAGCUCAAAAUAAACAACAGAAAAGAAUCGGUAGAUGGAUAGAUAGUCACACUUAUGUGGUUCUAAGUUGGUUCUUAUGACAAGCUACCAAUGGACUUAAUUAAUUGUGUUCGUUUUUUCCAAAUCUUUAUCGGGUUUUAUUUUCGAUCACAUUAAAUCAUGUUGUAUUUACUACCAAAGCUGAAUUGCCUCAAGGGAUUUAUUAGAAUGUGGUUUCAGUUUUUAGCUAGUGGGUUCUUCCGCUACCUACCUAUUGAGGUUUCAAUAACUAAUGAGCCAUCAUUAAAAACCUUCUAAAGAUCGCUCUUAGAAGAACUUUACUAUAACUUGACUUGACCGAUGACAAUAUUUGUUACAACUAGAGGACUUCCAUUAUUUAGUAUGAAGUUUUCAGAUUCACAAAGCCUUAUUACUGAUGAACUAGAUUUGAACCUUUUUGCACUAGCGAGUCAUGUAUCAAGCCUCAAGUAAGGGUCUUUAUCGAUAAGAAAGCUACAAACUUUGGGACAUGUAACUGAAAAACAUUUCUCAAGACGAAGCGUAUACGAACAAGUCGUGUAUCAUUAGCGACAUUUAGUGUGGUUUGUUUUACAUACCAUAAAUUAACUAUUGGGUAGGCAGUUUGUCCAUAACAAGAAUAAUUCUCUGUAAUUGCCUACGUUCACAGGUCAAAGAGAAAUGUAUAGUUUUAAGUGCCUCAACAAUAUCUUACCAAAUUGCACAUAAAUGCAUGUCCUUUACACUUGACACCUGGUUUUGUAGGUUUUGUAUGCAUAAUGUAAUAUUCUAAAAAUUCCAAAGGGCGUUAGUAUUAUUAGUUUUAGUAAGUUUACAUACAUUUAUUAGUGGGAUAUAGUCUUUGUGGAUAAUGUUCUGUACAGAAGGCUCAGGAAGUUGUUUUUGUCUAAAAUGUGUAUCUGAUCCUGUACACUCCACAACUAAUUAUUGUUCAGUCCAUUUCCCGGUUGCUGUGAGGUUAUAAAAAUUAUCUACUUACCUAACAAAACAGUGUUUUGAAUUAUUCAAUGAGAUCGUGAAAUUUUUGCUGAUAUAUGAGGUGACGGUGAUAGAAUCCAGAAGUUUUUGAAAGAAUAUGAUAAAGAUCCAGAAGGUUAUCUACGAUCUAUGAAUGAAUAUGACGAAAUGCACAAUUCUGCUAUUGAAUUAUUUACAAUAUUAGAUUCCAGGAAUUUUAUUGAAAAGGCAAUAAGCAAUGGUUAUAACGAGCUAAAUAAAACCGGAAAAAGUGGAUGCAAUUUAGUACAUUAUGCCGCUAUGUGGAAUCAUGCUGAUUUAAUAAAAUAUUUAUAUUUUGCUGGUGUCGACGUUUAUAGAAAAAAUAUUCACGGCGAAACCGCACAUAAACUAGCUGUUAAAUAUAAACAAGAAGAAGCAAUGCAUAUUUUAGAAUGGAUAGAAUGUCGUGAUGAAUUUAUUAUGCUGAUCCGAUUAGUCAGGGAAAUUUUAGCAACUUCUGAUAAGAAUGACUAUACAAAAGAAGAAAGGAAAAUUGCAGAUUCUGCUUGUCUUGAUGGAGAAUCCUGGAUUAAUAAAAAUAAAGAAGCUACACUCAGCAUGCUUAAAACAAAAAAAGAACAAAUUGAAUUGAUUGUAGAACCAUUCUUACGGAAGAAAUCAUUAGUCAUGUAGUGUGAUGAAAUAAUAUCUUACCAUAUUGUAUGGCAAAAUCCCAAAUAACAUUAUUUUGCAUUUACUUUUCCAAUACUGAGUAUGCAACAAAAUUUUAAUUUGAUAAGUGUAUACAGAUCUGUUUUUAAAAAUAGUUUGUUAUGUAUGUAUUGUGAAAUCAGUCUCUCAGGACAGUUAUGAUGUUAUUGGGUACUGUUCAGUGAUGGCUUGAUUCACAAGACUUUGAUUUGUACUAGGAAAGCUUUUCUAGUUAGCUGUUAAGUAAAUGAGCUCAGUACUUUCAAAUUUCUACCUUAAGAUAAUUAUAAUAUAGUUAUAUAAUGAAA